UGCUCCAAGAGGCAAAAGAAAGCCUCUCUCUCGCCUCAUCUCAGUCCAGGGGUGGGUGGGAAGUGCUGGUGGCCUGCGCAGCGGAUCCACCGGGGGUUCCUUCCAAAACAUCUUUUCCUCCUCUCUGCAAAAUAUAGAGCGGAGAAGACUGAAGCGGUUUUUCAGGCUGCUUUGCAUCCUGCAUAGGGAGCCAGCGUGGUGUAGUGGCUAGAGUGCCGGACUAGGACCGGGGAGAUCCGAGUUCAAAUCCCCUUUCAGCCAUGAAACUAGCUGGGUGACUCUGGGCCAGUCACUCUCUCUCAGCCUAGCCUACUUCACAGGGUGGUUGUUGUGAGGAGAAACACUGCUCUGGGCUCCUUGGAGGAAGAGCGGGAUAUAAAAUGGGGGAAAUCUCUGUCAGCAACUAGAAUGCCCUUUCCUUGGAAAACAUCUCCUUGGCUUCACUGUGUAAAACUUGCCUCACAGAACGAAGCAUUGGCUUUGCAGAACUCAUCCGGCCCACCAAAUACAGCCAUUCCUGCUGCAAGGGAGAGUCUCCUGUAAGAAAGAACAACUGACAUCAUUGGAGAUGGAAAUGCAAGACUCAGUUGGGCCAGGAACCAUCUUGGCGGGGAACAGUGAGGAAUUCUGGGAAAAGACUGUGGAGAAAAUGCAUAAGCAUGAAAAUAUGCUCAGUUCAGAUAUCCAGCAAUUCCAGGACCUGGAUGCCAAGGGGCCCCGGGAGGUCUGCAACCGAUUGCACUGUCUUUGCUGUCAGUGGCUCAAACCAGAGCAACACACAAAAAACCAGAUGCUGGAUCUGCUGGUCCUGGAGCAGUUCCUGACAGUUCUCCCUCUGGAGAUGAAAAGCUGGGUCAGAGAAUGUGAGCCAGAGACCAGUUCACAGGCGGUGGCCCUGGCAGAAGGCUUCCUCCUCAGCCAGGAAGAGGACAAGAAGCAGGAAGCGAAAGAGGUUCAGGGGCAGUUAGCAGAAUGGAUGGCCAAUGUCUCUGAGGCAGAGAAGGCUCCAUCGGACACCAGACAGAAGCCACUGUCCAGGGGGAUCUCUCAGGAGGGUGACACAGAUGCCGCCUUGCUGGGCCAUGGAAUAGCAAUGGCAAUAUGUCCAAGCUCUUCUGCCCUGGGUAGUGGUGGAGAAGAGGCUUCUAUACAACCUGAUCAGAGUGCUGUGUCUUUUGAGGAGGUGGCUGUGCAUUUCACUGAGGAGGAGUGGGCUCUGCUGGAUGCAGACCAAAGAGCCCUGCACAGAGCAGUCAUGGAGGAGAAUAGGCAGAAUGUGACCUCUCUGGUACGUGAUGAGUUGAAGAGCAAGAAGAAGAGAAAACCUUUUAGAGCAUUAGUGGAAAGAGUGAGAUGUAAAAAGGAAGGACAGCAGAGAAAGGAAACGGACGUAAAACAGGAAAGGAGGAAUGGAUCCAUUGCUCUUCAUGCUGGUGACAACCAGGAAAAUCCAAUGCAAAAAAAAAUAGACAAAAGAAAUGAAUGGAGCAAGCAAUCCUCCAGUGGGAGAAGUUUCAGUUGUAAAUCAAGCCUUAAUUGGAGAGCAAGGAUAGGGGAGAAGUCAUUUCAGUGUUUCAACUGCAAAAAAAGCUUCAGUCGGGACUCAACUCUUAUUAUGCAUCAAAAAAUUCACAGAGGAGAGAAAUCCUUUAAAUGUUUGGAGUGUGGAAAGAGCUUCAAUCGGAACUCAAAUCUUAGAAAACAUCUAAUAAUUCACACAGGAGAGAAACCAUUUAAAUGUCUGGAUUGUGGGAAGAGCUUUAGACAAAACUCAUGUCUUAAAGAACAUGAAAGAAUUCACACAGGAGAGAAACCAUUUAAAUGUUUGGAGUGUGGAAAGAGCUUCAGUCGGAACUCAGAUCUUACACAACAUAAUAGAAUACACACAGGAGAGAAAUCUUACCAGUGCUUGGAGUGUGGAAAAAGCUUCAGGUGGAACUCAGCUCUUAAGACACAUAAAAGAAUUCACACAGGCGAGAAACCAUUUAAAUGUUUGGAGUGUGGGAAGAGCUUUAGUCGGGGCUCAGCUCUUACAAGACAUGAGAAAAUUCACAGAGGAGAGAAACCAUUUAAAUGUUUGGAGUGUGGGAAGAGCUUCAGACAGAACUCUAGUCUUACAGAACAUCAAAGAAUUCACACAGGAGAGAAACCAUUUAAAUGUUUGGAGUGUGGGAAGAGGUUCAGACAGAACUCGCGUUUUACUGAACAUCAAAGAAUUCACACAGAAGAGAAACCAUUUAAAUGUCUGGAGUGUGGAAGGAGUUUCUGUCGGAACUCACACCUUACAGAACAUCAUAAAAUACACUCAGGAGAGAAAUCUUACCAAUGCUUGGAGUGUGGAAAAAACUUCAGUUGGGGCUCAGCUCUUAAGAAACAUCAAAGAAUUCACAUGGAGGAGAAACCAUUUAAAUGUUUGGAGUGUGGGAAGAGCUUCUGUGAUAACUCACGUCUUACACAACAUCAAAGAAUUCACACAGGUGAUAAACCAUUUAAAUGUUUGGUGUGUGGGAAGAGCUUCAGACAUACUUCAGAUCUUAGGAGACAUGAAAACAUUCACAUGGAGAAAAGAUUCACACUCCAAACAUUUCAAUGUUUGGAGUGUGGAAAGAGCUUCAGUCAUAAUUCACGUCUUACACAGCAUCAAAGAAUUCACACAGGCGAGAAACCAUUUAAAUGUUUGGAGUGUGGGAAGAGCUUCAGUCAGAGCUCACAUCUUACAGAACAUCAAAGAAUUCACACAGGAGAGAAACCAUUUAAAUGUUUGGAGUGUGGGAAAAGCUUCAGUAAGAAGUCAGUUCUUAAAAUACAUGAAAGAAUUCACAUGGAGGAGAAACCAUUUAAAUGUCUGGAGUGUGGUAAGAGCUUCUGUGAGAAUUCACGUCUUACACAACACCAAAGAAUUCACACAGGCGAGAAACCAUUUAAAUGUUUGGCGUGUGGGAAGAGCUUCCGUUUGGGUAGAGCUCUUAGAAGACAUGAAAAAAAUCACAAAAAAACCCAUCAGGAUUUGUUCCCCACCUAAGUGUCUGCAUUUCAUGUGGAAAGAGCUACAGUCAAAAUUCAGACCUUACAAAGCAUGAAACAAUUCAGAGAGGAGAGAAACCAUUUAAACAUUUGGAGUACGAAGAGUUUCCCUCAGCAACCAGAGCUUUCUUACCAUCAACAAAUUCACACAGGAGAAAAGCCAUUUAAAUGCUUGGUAUGCAGAAAAAAUUUCAGUCAGAGCUCAGGUUUCCCACCAUCUGAAAUGAUGCACACAGUUGUAUUAGGAUAUUUAUGGUUGUAGUGCUGAGAGAUUGUCACUCAUUAUGCAAAACCUCCUUCCCAACAAAUAAGCCCUGCAGGCUAAAAACAAUAUAAAUUCUUUGAGUGUGGAAAGAGCUGCAGUUCAGAAUCCUAAAAAUGCUUUUAGACGAGAGUUAAAAUGUUUUCCAUUUUCCCUCAUGCUCUAAAAGGAAUGGAAAUGGCUGGUUUAGUGCCCAUCUUUUAACUUCUACUGUCCAAUAUAAGCUGUAAAGACUUUCUACAAGCUUGCUUAUUAUGCUGGCUCUACAAAUGAGGCUCCAUAUACCCACACUUUGUGUUGGUCUUUCAGCUGGACACUGGUCUGUGAGAGGAUGCAUCCAAGCAGAAAUUCAGGAAGUUCCACUUCCCCAGUCAUUUCCUUGAGUUGUACCUGAUGCCUCUCUCUUUAUUUAUUAUUAUUUUUAGGCUCGGUUCUAUCAUUGUGUUUAGUAAUCUCGCAGGAUAUGGAUCUCUUGAAAUAUGGAGUCUUCAGUUACAUAGACUCCAUGUGUCUCUUCCAGUGAACAGACAAAUCUGGGUCUUGGGUGUGCCACUGACAGCCAUCCAGCUCCAAAGUAGUGGUGAAACUAGAACUAACCCAUAGCAAAAGAUGCUCUCCUGUAUCCAUAUUGCCUAAACAAUCUGUAAGUGAAAGGCAUGCCCCUUAGCAGCCCCAUUUUCAGAACAAGUGGAUUCUGUAGGGAGGAAGGCAGCAACAAUGUAUCUCCUGGAGCAGUGCUAACAGCCAGACAGUGCAACACAGUGAGAACCCUGUUUGUUGUUGGAAUGUUGUUGGAGCUGCUGGGAGUAAGGUGGACUCUGUUUGGGGCCAAAUGGAGAGCUGGCAAAAAUUGAGCUGUAGCAACCAGAAACUGGCAUGUACCUCUGUAAGAAGAUGUCCACAAACAGAGGGCUUUAGAUGGUAGGGGAUCAAAGUUAUCAUAGAAACAAUGCAUGGAAUAUUGGGAACUGUCUUUUCUAAAAAAAAUGAAUGACAAGUGGUAACAGUUGGGAAGAGGUGAGUGUUGGUUAGAGAAGGACUGGUAGAGAAAUAAGAAAGAGCUCAGUGUGAGAGUUCCUGAACCUCCUGUUCAGGGUGUUUUGUAGGAAAUCUUCGGGAUGUAUGGAACAGAAGCUGUAGGGGACCAGUGGUGAAUUGGGGCUGUACUCUGGGUUUGGAAAGUCUGGGUUUCAGCACCAAGUUUCACAAAAUUUGGAUCAUCAUUCUUGGAGUUGGCAAGGGAUUUGGUGUGGAUAUGUGUUUACUGACCCCUUUCUGAGAUUUAUUAUAUUAGUUUUUUCUUGGGUUUGUUAACUUUUGACGGUGGUUAAUGAGCCAUGAUAUAUUAACUAUUUUAAAUUCCUAAGUUAUUUUUGUGCUAAUAAUUCAUAUUAAUGCAUUGAGCAUUUCCAUUGCUCUGGUACUAUAAUGUACACAUUACCCUCUAAUAUUUUUUUAAAGGUAUGUAAUUCCUUACUGCACAAAUUAUCUUAUUGUUUCAGUCAAACGAAAUGAGCUAUCUGAAUAUUAUAAUAUCCGAAUAUUAUAAAGUGGUAUGAAGUGCAUCUAUAUUGCCUGGGGUAUCAUAUGAAAAUAAAAUUCUUUAUUUGUAAAAUCUCUUAA